AUGACGGAGGCUCGGCUGAAGGCCCCUGGCAUGGAUGCCAAGCUGUUGAAGUCCCGAAAGACAGUCUACAGAAAAUGGCUGCAGAACCACGGAGGGAAGAAGAAGGACGCCAAACCUCCCAUCAAUCUCAGCAGGAAGUGGACAUACCAGGUGGUCGUGGGGUCUCUCAGGAAGAAGGAGCUGCUAAAGAAGAUCAAGGAUGAGACCAGUGUGAAGCCUGGCAAACCCAAGAGGAUGAAUCAUUAUACCAACCAUGACUACAACCAUGAGUUUGGCAAUGGGGAAAGUUUCAGCAAGAUGGGUGACUGGCAGGUGAUAUUGCUGGAGUGGGAGUCUUAUGUGUCAAAACAGUUUGACAAGGAAGUGGAGGAUGACACCGUGGUAAGGAAGGGAAGGAAGGACAACACAUAUGUCCUCAAAAUAGGAUGCGAUGGAUUGCCCAUCCUCCCGGACCAUGGCGAGAUGGAUUCCGACAUGCAGAAGGCUGUUGCAGAGGACUGCAGCGGCCGGCCAAAGGACCCAGUGCCUUGGAAGGAGGUGAUACCUAGGCAAGAAGAGCUCAUCCCUCCAAUGUACCUUCCAGAGGGACAAAAACUUCGGGAGCCAUCAAGAAUGAACUGGGAGGAGGUGACAGAACUGUUGAAUUUCUGGUACAACCAACAGGAGAACAUCCAGGACAUCACAUCUGAGUUCUACAGCUGGUGGAGCAAGGCCGACAAGGAGGUAAAACCUCCUGUCGCCAAGGCAGAGGCAGAUGCACCUGUGGAUGGACAGGCUGAAGAGAAUCUGGGAGGAAAGGCAAAGAUCAGGGUAUCGGUGAGGCGAAAGUAUGCUAUCUGGGCGGUCAUUCCUUCCAACAGCUCUGAUGACAAUGAGGAUAGACGGUCGACAAAGACAGCCAAGCAGCAGGCAGCAAAGACAACCCACCAGUCAAAAACUCAGGUCGACCCUGCAGACUCGGGGGACGAGUUUCAUCAACCAGAUUUGCUGGAUGAGUCCUUGGAUGAAGAAAGGCCAGCUACCAGGAAGGGCAAAGAACCUGUGAAACAGAAGGCAAAGAGACCUAGGAAGGAGGUUGCGGAGACAUGCGGUGAGGAUGAAGCUCCAGAGGUAGAGAGUCACCCAGUUAUGAAGACCCAUGCUCACAAGCAGGGCACUGCUCCCGCCAACAGGCUUGUUGCUCCCACAGCUCCAGAGAAACCAUCUCACGCAACAAUAGAUGAGCCAUCUGCCUCCUGA